ACCACCGCCCGUAACGGCCAGGCAAUCACCAUAAGCCUCCCGGAUCUCUCUCAUCCGAGCAUUUACCAUGAAAGCAAACCACAACCCCAUAAGAGCUCGUCAACCGAUCUUAACCUAGUCGUGAUCUCCCCUGGUUUGGAUCCUCAAGGAACAAUCCGGUCAACGAAACGAGCCCGGAUCAUCGGAGUUGGUCUCGAACUAUAUAAUAGCAAAAUCGUUGACAUGCCGAUCCAAUCGAAACUCGAUUUCUGUGAAUUUUGUAUCAUUUGGGCAGGCCAAGAUGGAGAAUUCUAUAAAAAUUUCCCAAACGACAAUCGAGAAGAAAAGGGGAAAGAAGACGAGACCAAGAACGAAAAACAAGAAGGCAGGGUUUUGCUGCCAUGGGAGAUGCUUCAACCAAUGUUGAGAAUAUUAUCGCAUUGUUUAAUGGGUACUUACAAGAACAAGAACCACGAGUUGCAUGAGGCUGCAUGUCGUGCUUGCAGGAGUCUUUAUGCUAGGGCAUUACACGAUAUAAAUCCGAAAGCGAUUUUGGCUAUUGGGAGUCUCCUUAAACUUAUUAAUUUUCGGAAAAAGGGUGUUGAUCAUACUGAGUUACCCGUUACUAAUGUCAUCAAUCUUUAAUUCUUACACUAAUUAACUUGUUAAUAAUUCAAACAUUUGUAUAAUCUCAAGUAGUUCGAACAAUAAUAUUAUACUACAAGAAUGUCAUUUUCUGUAACCUGUUCCCUUAUCCUACAUUAGACAUAGAUUAAUUAUACUUCUUGCAAAG